GCUCGGACGGCUCAUGUACGCGUUUUCUUUCAUUUGCGCUGAGCACUUUUUCCGAAUCGCAAUCCACGUGAGAGAGAGGCGAUCAGUAUGGAUAAACCAGUCGUUUUGGCGCGCGUCAUCAAGGUCCUGGGUCGCACCGGCUCGCAGGGGCAGUGCACCCAGGUGAAGGUGGAAUUCCUGGGCGAGCAGAAUCGGCAGAUCAUCAGGAAUGUGAAGGGGCCGGUACGAGAAGGCGACCUCCUAACCUUACUCGAGUCCGAGCGUGAAGCGAGAAGACUUCGAUAACGUGAGCUUCAAUAGCUUCGGAAAAAGACUUGGGUCGCCAGCCACUAUCGUCGUUACCACCAUCACCAUUGGACUUCACCAGCUGAUGCAUUUUCCGAAUGUGAAUCCCUUCCAUGUGGAUGGAUCAUAGAUUGUCAAUCAUCAAUAAUGGGCACUCCUAGCAUUCCUAGCACGUGUUUCUUGAGAAGACACUGGAUCGCGGGACGGGACCACGUUUUUCUUGGAAACAUUCCUGACGCAUGAGAAUUCCACGACUUUUACAAUAAAUCUCGGCUGGUAACCACAAA